AAGCGAGCUAUCGAAUGAUAAUUAUGAUCGUACCAGCAAACCCGGACUGUCUGCACAAGACUCGCCGCCAGCAGGAGAGCAACACCGUUUCGUCACAUCGUUGUACAUAGGUCUGUACAUGUUCUACUCCAUGUUCUCAUUAUUCCUUCUACAGAAUUUCUUUUUGAAGUUGUGAAAGUCAUCAUCCCUGAGAAGGUCAAACUAAGUUGAUAAUCACGGUGUUGUCACGGUCCAGUGUUUCGUCUGAAUAGUGUGAACACUGAACACAACGGAAUCGCGAGCAUUGCAUGAACGCUGCUCGUGGAGAAUAAAGAGAAAUAAAGCUACCGGCUAAUAUCUGUCUGGUACUUGGUGAUACGGGAAAACUUCUCUUCUGCGCAGUAUGCAGGCUUCAGUAAAAAAAUGCUGACGAUACAUGAGUGGAUGAAAAGUGACUAAGUAAUUAUAUAAUAAUAAAUAUUCUGGAAAAUCGUAUUAGUUUCGCCGUCAGUUCAUGCAUCGUAGCUCGUUCAAGAGAGACAAACACUUCGCUUUUAAUCCACACUUUUCUGCUAAGAUGCAUCUACGUAACCAAUAAUCUACAUUAAAUUGUGAUAUUUCAUAACUGUGCUCAGUGACCGAAUUUUAUCGACGAAAACCCCUCAAGCUGUCAACAUGGCUCAAACGCAAUUCGAGAAAUCAAACUCUAGAAAAUGGAGAGAGUCCGUCAGCAGUUUCAUAUCACCGCACCUACCUUCUUUUGCAAACCGCAUGAUGCCGCCAACCAAUCUUCACGACAACACGAGUCGCCUACCCGUGUAUUCCAUCUCAGGGAGUGGAACCACGCCCAUUGCUGGCGCCAAGACGCCAGAACCUGAGCCCAAAUCGCCCACCGCUUUCUCCGCCUACUCCUACGACGGGCCAGUUUGCAGAAUAUGCCACGAUGUCACUGAUGUUUCAGGUAGCAAUAAGCUCAUCACACCAUGCGGCUGCACGGGCUCAGCUCAGCACAUCCACAAGCAAUGUCUGCAGAAAUGGACCAGGUUAAAAGGAGCCUCCACCUGCGAGAUCUGCCACAAGUCCUACCAGAAGAGAUACGUCAAAUUCAAAAUGACGUCCUCCGAAGAGAACACGGUAGCGUCUGCAAUCACUAUCCUGCUCCUACUGAUCGGUGUCUUAUCUGUCGGUAUCUACCUCCUCGCCGAGUACCUGGUCAAAGUUCAAAGUGAUCCAACGACGCGUGGUUCCAACGAGCUCUGGGUGUCCAUAAGCCUUGUCAUCAUCGGCUUCCUAGGCAUGCUCGUCUUCUUACCGUGGUUCAUUUGCUUCUGCGCGAAGACGGGAAAGACGCCGAGGUCGACAGCCAACCGCGACGGCGGAUCGACAGCGGAUACGUCACAGGGCACCUCGGUCGAGUCAUCAGUGGUCAAUCUUUCGGAGGUCGAGUCGGGAGUGGACAACGCGCAAUUGGCGUACGAGCAGCAGAGCUUUGAAGCAAGCGGCUACGCAGAAGACGCGAGCGACGCGCGGACGUCCAGUGACGAAGUGAGGGGAACGGGCGCGUACGUCAAUCAAGUGGUCCAGGUGGAUGGAUUAGAAGAAGAUUAUGGCAACUUUGAGAAAGACAAUCCAGCGGUCUUAUUCGUUUGAUGAUAGAUCAUUAAGAACUUGAUGAAAAACUUCUUUCUGCAUUGAACAUUGUUUAUUUAUUGAGUCAAUAAAGACGUUUUUACUUGUAUUUUUGCUACUUGAAAAGAACCUUUUGAGGCCUUAUUACAGUGGCCUAUGAAUCAGAGACGGAAAUAUGCUGCCCUUGGAGGACAGGUUUGGUAAGAUGAAAAGGAGAUAUGAACAAUAAUGAAUAAUCACGUGUAAUUGAAAACGAGUGAUAGUGGCUUGAAAGGAGAGAUCAACUAAUUGCAACCGCGACACAAAAUCUGGAAAAUGUAUAUCAGUCAAACAUCAAAAGACAAAAUGAUUCGGUUGCCAACUCCUGAAGGGAAGUUGCCCUACAAAUCUUUACGGUCAUCUUGCAUUUCGUCCAAGGGUUGUGGACCUUAAAGAGGGCAUCCAGUUGAUUGAGUUCCAACAGGAUUUCUCUCGGAGACGAUGGUUUCACGGAAAGUGUUUUCGAACUCCUAAAGCCUUUUCAUGUUUUUUGCUUCAUGAACUUUUGAAGACCUUAUCAGUGUCAUGUGUUCCAGACACUUUACUUCCUGAAAACUGUAUGUUGUUGAUAACAAAAUGUGCAAUACAUCUUGUUCUUUUUUUUUAUUAGUACAAUUACGUUUUGAAAAUUAUUUGUUAUGCUUACUUUUUGCAUUUUCUUUCACUUUCUCUUACAUGUUAGAUUCAAAUUUCCUGUACUUUCAAAACAAAUAUUUAAUGUUUAGUCUUCAAAUAUAUUGAUAUAUAGUUCGUAUCUGUUUAUCUUUCAUUUCCAAAUUGAUACUUCAACAGUAGUGUCAUCUGAUCUCUAUCAAUUACACAAAAUUGAAAAUUCAUUGCUUGAUCAUGAUGAUUGCAGUUUCGCUUUAGGUAAGAGUUAAAUGAAGCACUUCACACACGUUUUUCUUGCAGGAAAUGCAAUAACGUCGCAUGUCUCUAGUGUAUUAAGUUUACAGGCCUAAGUACACAGUAUACCUGCUAGAUGCUUUUGUACUAACAAAGGAAAAGGAUCAUUGUGGAGUGAUGAUGGGUCAGGUUGUGUUUGUUCGGGAACAUUUCGCUUUUUGAAAAGUGAAUCUUAACCAACCUAAUCUUCCAUUAUCAGUCCAUUAAAGAGCAUGCUAUUGUUUUUAACUACCGAAUAAUUGGAGUAAUUAGGUUGAAAACAAGGACCGUAAUUCCUGUCAUGAGUAAUACCGUCUUGUUUUAUUAUCCAUGUAAUGGUUAAAUUACUUGCCAGUGAUUUUUAACUUCUCUGAAAUUUCCAUACGAAAAUUUGCUCUGCUUUGAAAUAUUACAGCGUGUAAUUCCCCUCCCCCCGAACAUUUCGAUGGAACUAUGAUAAUAUAUUCUACUUUUCUGUUAUAAUUUUUUAUUGAUUUUCCCAUGUGUUAUCUAUUCAACAUGUAAUAUAAUUAUUAUUUGCCUUUCCAUUAUGAGUUAGAUAUUUGUUGAUUGCCUAUUUAUUGUUUGUGAUCGGGUUAUGUGAGAUGUAGAAGAAGUAUCACCUCCUUCUACCAUUUCCAUAUAACCAGAAAGUAAUAUGUUUGUGAUUGUUUGUAUGAAAUUGAAGUACAAUUUAUAAUAAAAUAUCAAAGAAAAAUA